CCUUCAUAAAAGCAAAAGCCAGAAUCUUAUUGCGAGAUAUAGCGCUGGUGGGCGGGCGAAGGAGAAAAGCUGCGUCUGUCGUUGGUUUCAAUGGCGGAUUUGGAAAAGCAAGAUGGGGCCGAGGAGGAGGAGAGCUUGAUAGAGGGAAUGGCGGUGUUGGAUUUUGACCUGCUGUGCUCCUCCGUCGCGUUGCAGACCCAGGGGAAAUGGAGGCAGCUUCAAAAUGGUGAAGAUCUUGGUCGGGAUGGGGAAAACGGCGACUUAGGGGGAGUUUUUAGGAUGUGGGAAGGGGAGGUUUUUCUCGAUUGCUUCGAUGACCGCCGCAUCGCUCUCGAAUCCGCUUGCUGCCCAUGCUACAGAUUCGGGAAGAACAUGAAGCGGGCUGGUUUCGGUUCUUGCUUUCUUCAGGGAAGUGUAUAUUUCAUUCUUGCUCUCAGUGUCUUUCUCAACUUGAUUGCCUUUAUUGUGACCAAGCGGCAAUGCUUCCUUUAUUUGGCUAUUGCUUUCACAAUAUCAUUUGGAGCAUAUAUGGGCUUCUUCCGUGCACAGAUAAAAAGAAAGUUUAACAUCAAGGGUAAGGAUAGCUUCUUGGAUGAUUGGAUAUCCCAUCUUUUCUGCCCUUGCUGCACAUUGUCUCAGGAAUCUCGAACAUUGGAGAUGAACAAUGUCCAUGAAGGAACUUGGCAUGGUCGUGGUGAUACAAUAUGCAUAGGUAGCUAUAGUGAAGGGAGCAACAUUGAACUACACCCUCCUCUUGUGUCAACCAAGUCUCCUGAUCCCUACUUCAUGGAAAAGAGUUUGAAUGGUGUUAAUCAUGCUUAAACUAGGGAAGCGGUCUGCAUGUCUGGAGACCUUGGCACCUUCAUUCCAGCGUCUGCUGCAACACACUGAUAACCCAUUUAAUUUACUGUCAGAUGGAAGGAAAAUACUUUAGCUGUUCUUGCAGCUUGGACUUGGAAAUACAGAUUUCUGGAUGUCAAAUGGUGACCAAUAUACAAGGAGAGACAACAUGGCUUAGUAGCAUAUAAGAAAACUUCCCACAUUCUAGCAAUAUGAGGAGUUUCAAUGACACCCUUGUUCUCUGUAUGUAAUUUAUUGAAGUCAUCAUUAGAUUUGUUAAGAGAACCUUGAAGCUAUACCUCAUUCAUCUUACAUUGUUCAUUUGGGUAAUGCCCUAUGCAAAGCCCAUGCUGUGCUGUGAUUAUUUCGUGCAUCAAUCUCACGAAAAUCUCUAAAGAAAAGCGGUUGACUUGUUGCCUGUUUCAUGUGGCUUGUUUAAGGAAAAAUGCAGCUUCUACUCUGCAUUUUGUGUUGUCUUUGGUCCUAGUUUGGCUCGGACCUUCUUUUCUUUUUUUUUUUUUUUCAUACAAUAAUGUCGAGUUGUCUGAUUCGAUGUUGAUUUGUUUAUUUGCUAACCUCAUCAAUUUGAAUUGGAAGACCAAGUUGUCUCUAUUUUAUAAGAAAGAUUAAAGUUCUUUUCCACAGGAUUGGGUCAUAUAUAGCUAGCUUUGUCUCUAUUUUAUAAAAAGAAUACAAGGUUUCUUCCACAGGAUUAGGUGAUAUCUAGCAAGCUUUAAGGCCUCUGGAAUGCAUUGGAAAAUCUAGUUGGCCUUUUGAAUUGCAGCAAUGACACCAAACACGCGAGAACAGAACUCUGAGGAGAGGUGCUCGGACUCCUGAAGAAGAUUAGAAGUUGAUAGCUUACUUUCAGAAAUAUGGCGUCUGGAACUGGACAGAGACUCCAAAAUAUGCAGGUUUUAAGAAAGAAUUGGAAUUUUC